GUCUGUGUUGCUGGGCGAAGGCCCCAGUGGGACCGAAGCGCUAGCACCGAGCCUGCGGUGGAGAGCGGAGGGGCCGGGCGGCGGUGACUGCACCUGGCGCGGCGUGCAGCGACCUCGGCGGCCAGGCGCUCUGCGGGACGGAGAUUCCUGCCUGUGCCUGCCAGAUAACUCCAGACAUCUGUGACCUUCUUUUCCCUCCCUAAAGUCCACCAGCAACAGUCAUCCAUUUUCCCAAGAACAGCAGAAAAUGUACAGGCUUCAGGGGCCAGUGUCAUUUAAGGAUGUGGCUGUGGACUUUACCCAAGAGGAGUGGCAGCAGCUGGACUCAGAUGAGAAGACAACGUACAGAGAUGUGAUGCUGGAGAACUAUAACAACCUCCUUUCUGUGGGAUAUGACGUUAGCAAACCCAAUGUGAUCAUUAAAUUGGAGCAGGGGGAGGAGCCAUGGACAAUAGAAGAUGACUUCUCUCACACUUGGCCAGAUGUGUGGAAGGUUAAUGAUCUGAUAGAGAGAAUCCAAGAAACUGAAGACAAGCAUGGAAGGCAAGCUGUUGAUACUCACUGCCGAAACUUGCCAGAGGAGCGAAGGGAUGCAUUUGAUAAAGUUUAUAAUGUACAAACGAGUCUUCCUUCAAACAUAAUAGCUCACAGAUGCGUCUCCUGUGGGAAGAUGUUAGAAUCUGUUUCAGAAUUAAUCAGUAGUGAUGGAAGCUAUGCAAAGAAGAAACCUGAUAUAUGUAAUGAAUGUGAGAAAGUUUGUCAUGAAGAGAACCUUUGUGAGUUUAAUGAAAACGAGGAUACGUAUUCUCAAAGUGAAGAAAGUAUUCUGCAGAAAAUUAAUGAUUUGGAGAAGCCGUUUGACUACGAGUGCAUGGACGCCUUAGACAGCGAAGCUGUUUUCAUGGCUCAUCAUGAAGGAGCAUAUAUGGGGGAGAAGCCUUAUGAGUGGAAUGAUUCUGAGCCAGACUUCAUCCAGAUAUCAAAUUUUAAUGCCUAUCAGAGAUCACAGAUAGAAAUGAAGCCCUUUGAAUGCACAGAAUGUGGAAAGUCCUUUUGCAAAAAGUCCAAAUUCAUCAUUCAUCAGAGGGCCCACACAGGAGAGAAACCCUAUGAAUGUAAUGUGUGUGGGAAGUCCUUUAGUCAGAAGGGAACGCUCACUGUACAUCGCAGAUCACACUUGGAGGAGAAGCCCUAUAAAUGUACUGAAUGUGGGAAAACCUUCUGUCAGAAGUUACACCUCACACAGCAUGUGAGAACUCACUCAGGAGAGAAGCCCUAUGAAUGUAGUGAGUGUGGGAAAACCUUCUGCCAGAAGACACAUCUCACCUUACAUCAGAGAAACCACUCAGGAGAGAGACCCUACCCAUGUAACGAGUGUGGAAAAUCCUUUUCACGCAAGUCAGCUCUUAGUGACCACCAGAGAACCCACACAGGUGAGAAGCUUUAUCAGUGUAAUGAGUGUGGGAAAUCCUACUACCGAAAGUCUACCCUAAUCACUCACCAGAGAACACACACAGGAGAGAAGCCCUAUCAAUGUAGUGAAUGUGGCAAAUUCUUUUCAAGGGUAUCGUACCUCACUAUCCAUUACAGGAGUCAUUUAGAAGAGAAGCCUUAUGAGUGUACUGAAUGUGGAAAAACUUUCAAUUUAAAUUCAGCCUUUAUCAGGCAUCGGAAGGUACAUGCAGAAGAGAAACUCCAUGAGUGUGGUGAAUGUGGGAAGUUUUCUCAGUCACCAUACCUUGAUGACCAUGACACAACUCAUGUAGGAGAGAAGCCCUAUGAAUGUAAUGAGUGUGGGAAAACCGUCCUUGAAAACUCAGCCUUCAAUGGUCACCAGCCCCUUCCAGAAGAGGAGAAAACCUAUGAAUGUAAUAUAUGUGGAAAAUCCUUCUCGGAGUUGACUACCUAUACUGUACAUUACAGAGGACAUGCUGAAGAGAAGCCCUUUGGAUGUAAUGAGUGUGGAAAAACUUUCUCCCAUAAUUCAUCCCUCUUUAGACAUCAAAGAGUACACACUGGUGAGAAGCCCUUUGAAUGUUAUGAAUGUGGGAAAUUCUUUUCCCAGAAGUCCUAUCUCACAAUUCAUCAUCGGAUCCAUUCAGGAGAGAAACCCUAUGAAUGUAGCAAGUGUGGGAAAGUCUUCUCUCGGAUGUCAAACCUCACCGUACACUAUAGAAGCCAUUCAGGAGAAAAACCCUAUGAAUGUAAUGAAUGUGGAAAGGUGUUUUCUCAGAAAUCAUACCUCACUGUACAUUACAGAACUCAUUCGGGAGAGAAACCCUAUGAAUGUAAUGACUGUGGGAAAAAGUUCCACCACAGAUCAGCUUUUAAUAGCCAUCAGAGAAUUCAUAAAAGAGGGAAUAUGAAUGUACUCAAUGUGGAAAAUUCCUGAAAUCAAAUCUCAGUUAUUAGAGAACUUCUGACUGUACAAAUAUGGGAAAUUCAGUAGGGAGCCUAAUAUUGUUCAUUUGACCAUUCAUUCUCCUGAAUAGGGAACAGUUUUGAAGUGUUAAAUCCAUUUUAAUCUGAGUUUUCAGAGAAGAAUUCCUAAAGUACAUCAAGUAGCAAAGCCUUCAAGAAGACCAUGGAACUCAUGGGACACUAGAUAAUAUAUGCAGGUGUGAAAUUUUAUAAAUAAUUAUUUAUUUUAGGCUCAAGUUGUAUAUACCUAUCAGGGAACCAUGCUAAGGAGAAACCUGUCAAUAUGAUGAAUGUGGAAAACAUACUGUCUUGAAAAUUGUUAUGCUAAAAGCCAUAUUUCUGAUGUAAAAGCAAAUGUUUAUAGGAAAGAUACCAGAAAUUAAAAACUGUCAGUUCUGAAUAAAUUUUCAUUUUAUGAAAUGAAGUUUUAAAAUCAUCAAGAGUUGUAAAGACUAUAGUGUUAGACUACAUUUCCUGUUAAUGUUUUUUAAAGCAAUCUAAUGAUAAUUCUAUGCAAUUCUAUUCAAGUUAGGAUUUGAGUAUUUUGUGAAAAGGCAGUAUUCUUACUUGCAUAUUGGAUGGCAAAAUACUAAUGGAUAUGUUGUCGGUGGAAUAUCUGAUAAUUAUAUAAUGGUAAAGUAUGUAAUUUUCAGUUCUUUAGGGCAAUUUACAAGUUCAUUUUUAGUGAAUGUCUCAUCAGUAGAGGAGUGACUUUAAACUUCAGUUGAGCAAAAAAACAGAAAAAAAGAUCUUAAAAAUACAAUUUUGAUAAAGUGCACACACGAUUUGGGAUUGAAUCUGUUUUAGGGAAAGAACUGCAUGAGCUGCCUUACUCUACCUACGUGUGCUAAACCACCGUUCUUCACCUCUUCUAUUUCUUGGUCUGUAGAUCUGAGUACAUAGGAUGUCAGUGUUAUGUAAUUGAGGCAUACUUUAUCUGAGUUUUUAUGGGAUAUAGAUACUAUUGUCAUUGCAACUUAUUCUCAGUACUUUGAAGCAAAUCAGUAUAGCAGACAUUUGCUUCAGUGUCUUGCAGACAAUGUUGUAGCAGACAUUUUCUGGCUGAUUAACUUAAUGUCCUCCCCUCAUUCCUUAGGGUUUGGCUCCUUGCCUUUUCACUCGACCCUAUAAAUCCUGAUGAGUUUACACCAGUCAUGAUCCUUUAGGGUGCCAGUACAGGAGCACUCUGUUCUCCACAGUUGGCCUGUUCCAGGGCCCCCAGUGGAUGCCUGAGGUGGCCACAGCUCCAGCCUGCAUGUGCAGUGGCACUACAGCGUUUCUUCUGAAUACAUAGAUGGUUGCUGUGUCAUCAGCAGGUGGCAGACACACCGGGGGUGCAGUGGGUAAAAGGAAGAUUUGUGUCCCAGGUAGGAUGUGCAAGAUCUCUUCACACUAGUUAGGAUCAUGCACACAUCAAAACUUAAGAAAUCACUUGUUUCUGAAUCUUCCCACUAAAUGCUUCUGGACUAGCUAUCCUAUAGUUGGAAGUGUGCAGAGUGAAACCUUGGAUAAGGGGCUCUUGUAACUUGUUUAAAAUGGCCCUGUGACCCAGCUCUUUGCAAACAAAACAAACAGGUUUGUUCUAGGAAGUUGGUAAACUCGUGAUCAAAUGGGUCUUUAAGAAUACAAGAAUGGUUAAAUCUGACUUAAGAAAUCAGCCCCUGUCACAUAAAAGUGAUUUGAUGUGCACAAAACUCAUCAAUUAAUAUCCAUUUAUGAUCUUAGCAAAUGUGGGUAGAGAUGAACUUCCUGAAUUGGACAAAAUAACUUUUAAACUAUAACAAACAGUAUGCUUAAUGAUGAAAUAGUGAAUGUUUUCUCCCACAAUAAAAAGUCAGAGAUACCGUUUGUCACAGAUUUUAUACAACUCUGUAUAGAAGGACUUAGCCAAGAAAUUUUAUAUUUGCAGAGAUAUAACUAGUCUUGAUCUUAGUCAAAAGACUGAGAAGCAGAGACAUAAAAUAAAUAGAAUAUUCUGAGAGAUUUGCAAAUAGUAACUAGUAAAUUAAGCAAGGCCCCUGCAUAUAUGCAUAUAGGGUCAUUUUGUAAAAUUUUUUUUCAUUAUAUGAACAAGAAAAUAUGAAUUUUUCAAGUGUCUAGGGAACAAUUUAACACUAAUUUUCAAGAGAUUUACCCAGAAAAAUACAAGAAUUACAACAUGGAUGUUUGUUUUUUAUGGGUUUCAGGACAAACUCAAAACAAUGUCACUUUUCCCUAAAUUAACUCAUAUUUUCAAUCUUUUUCUGCUUGGUUUUGCUUUUGUGGUACUGGGAAUUGAACGAAGGGCCUUGAGCAUGCUAGGGAAGCAUUGUGGUGCUGAUCAACUGCCGCAGCCCUUUAGUUUGUUGUAAUUUUUGAGACAACUUCACUGAGUUGUUUAGGCUGGCCCCAAACUUGAGAUCCUCCUGCCUCAGCCUCUGAGAUGGUAUUAUGUGCAUACACCACCACACCCCAUAAAUACAACCAUAAUAAACCCUAGAGUUCUUGAAUGGAAAUUUGCAUGUUAAAGUUGAUAUGAAUAUUUAAAAGGCAAAUAAUAUCGUCAAAGCUGUCUUGUAAAAGAGAGUUGUACAAUUUUGUUGGCAGGAAUCAAGACCAGUUAUAAACCUUUGGGAAGUGUGGUGUGAUACUGGCACAAAGAUAAAAGUGCCGGUGAAACAAUACAGAAAUUCUAGAAAUAGACACAUGGCCACUGACCAAACAAGAACGAGGGCAAACUAAGGGGGGAAACAAUGCUCGUUCCCCAUAAGUUUUGUCAAAACUUUGGAACUUCGUAACAGUGAAAUUUUCUUACCUAAAAAUCGAAACUAAGAUAAAAAUGAGUUAGUUUGGAUGUACAGACUUGCGCUUCUGCUUAUCAGAAAGACAUUAUUAAGAAAGCAAAUGGAAGGCAAGCAAGGCGGGAGUAAAAGCCAGAUGGUAAAUAUGCUGGGCUUUGUUCUGCUGCAGCUGCCGAGUUUGCUGUUGUAUGGAGCAGCCAAGAAUGACACAUACACAGACCUCAUCUCAGACUCUUGUUUGCUGCACUGGGAAUUGAACCCAGGGCCUUGUUACCAACCUGCGUCCUCAGCUCUCUCUGUCCUUUUUUCUUUUCUGGGAAUAAAUUGCCCUAACUGGGCUUGAACUUGAAAUCCUCCUGCCUCAGUUUCCCAUGUGUUGGGAUUACAGGUGUUCACCACCGUGCCUGAACAUGGUGCAUAAGUGAAUGGCUGUGUCCCAGAAAGCUUUAUUCAAAGCACAGGGCAGUUAGGAUGUGGCUUGCAACCUAUAGUUUUCUAGUGCUUGGUCUGGAAUAUUUAAAGAACACCAGCAAAUCAACAAGAGGAAUGGGGCAAAAGAGUUGGCCUCCCUCUUCUCAAAAGAUAAUAAACCAGAAUGCCAAUAAGCACGAGAAGAUUGGUUAAGUUUGUCAAGGAAAUAGAAAUUCAGUACUACUGCCCGCCCACUGGAGUGGUUAAAAUGGAGGCUUGAGAAGCAAGUUUGGGCAGGAGUGGAAGCACCCGAGCACUUUGUGAUUGCCAGCUAGCAGACAGGAGAGGGCACGUGUGUGCUAUGCGACUGAAACAGGCAGAAAGCAACUAUCUUGAGGCGUGUAUAUGUAAUAGACUGAAUAAAUGCAUGUUUCCGCAGUAGAAUAAUGUAGGACCAUGAAAGUGAGUGAACCAUAAGCCAAUGUAGGAGCAGCUGAAUUUCUCCAUGCUGAAUAAAGGAGCACAGACAGAGGUAAGCAGACUGUGGGACUCUGUGUGGAGCAUAAAGAUGGGCAAAAUUUGUCUAUGCAAUUAGAAAUCAAUAAGCAUUUAUCCUUGGCCAGUGCUUACAAGGGAUAUUUAUUGGUGCUGGUAAUAAUCUGUUUUGAAAUUGGGUGCUGAAUAUCUGUCUUGAGCUGCAUUCUUACAAUGUGUAUUUUUUUGCAUGUGUAUUAUACUUUGAUAAAAGUUUCUCAAAUCAAAUGGCUAACACUCGCUCAGCACUCAGUGUAUUUUUCUAGGUACAGUAUAUGAAUAUGCUAUGGGACAGCAGUUAAAUGGUAGAUUUUUCAUAACUGUGCAACUAUGUACUCUAUGGUGUUUUUAAUGGCAACUGCUAUGAUUUUCUACAUUGUCCUUAAAGUUGACCAUUUUGUGUAUUUAAAGUAUUUGGAAGGGUUUAAGGCUCAUUACAUAUUUUGUCAUCCCAGACUCUUGCAUAUAUAAAUAGGUCUGGCACGUAUCAGUGGUUUCGGGCUUCCUCUUGAAUAAAAAAAGCUGAUGUAUAAACUCUU